AACAUGCGCCUUGCGUGUGACUCGGUUCCAAGCGCGCUUGGUUUCCACGGUUCCCGGUUGAGUCAUCUGACUCGGUUCUGUACGUUAUAUGCGGAUAGCCAGUACCAUCAGUGGUCUCUUUCAAGGUCUCUUUCGAGAUCUCUUUUGUUUGAAUUGAUCUGCUUUGGAAGGUAUUCACACCCAGGACGCAGUCGGAGAGUGGCCACAUGACCGUCAAGCAGUACACCGUUGGUGUGUUAUCCUUGCAAGGAGCGUUCAAGGAGCAUAUCGACCUCUUCAAGCUUGCGACUGAGAGCCAGCAUGAGAAGUUCCACUUCUUGGAGGUCAAGACUCCACAGCAGCUGUUGCGAUGCGACGCUCUUGUCAUUCCAGGAGGUGAGAGCACCUCCAUGUCGCUGAUCGCAGAGAGAACGAAGAUGAUACAGCCACUGGUGGAUUUCAUCCACUCUGGGAAGCCUCUUUGGGGUACAUGUGCUGGUUUGAUCUUCCUGUCUAGAGAGAUUGUCAAUGGGCGUCCGAAUCAAAAGGCCCUUGGAGCCAUUGAUAUCCAGGUCAAGCGAAACGCCUUUGGAAGACAGCUGGACUCGUUUGAGUCGAUGCUGGACUUCAGUGGGUUCAUCGAAGCCGUCGAUCAGUUCCCGGCCAUCUUCAUCAGAGCACCGGUCAUUUCCAAGGUCUUGCCCACGGAAUAUAACGAGGAGUACAUCACAAUGAAGCUGGUGGACGACCAAUCCCCAAUCAUCAGGAGCGAGAACGAGUCUGUGAACAAGUCAAAAGUGGAACUGCUGUACACGUUGGACAAUGGCCUGGUUGUUGCGGCUAGACAGGGAAACGUCCUGGUAACGUCGUUCCAUCCGGAGCUAAGUGACGAUUGUAGAUUCCACAGAUGGUUCAUCCAAGAGUUUGUUGCCAGUACAUAGAUCUUCAAUGUCUACAUCACAGGUAC